AUGGUGAUGAGCUCUACAGUGGGACCAGACGGACGCUCUCAUGUUGAAAAAUACGCAAAGUCUACAAGUGGAAAUACACAACACCGUAUUCGGGAAACUAAGGAAGCUUAUAGCAACAGCGCUGACGGGAUAGACAGAUUAUUGUGGGAGCGUCAACUUCAAGAUCGGGGACGGCGUUUUGUUCAAGAGAAAAACAGAGGCACUGGGGAAGUCGUUUCAAACGAUGAAAUUGCUGGAAUGUCGCGAGAUGAUGAAUGCGAAAUAUUCGAUACAGAUUGGAAUCGUGCAGCACGACAACAUCUACCAAUCAGAUCUGGAUCGUCAUUGAUGCAAUUUGGAGAUCAUGAAGGCCGAUUUUCAACAACACGACAACAACCCCGACAGAUAGAAGCAGCAGAUGUCAGUGAUCGUCCCUCAAGGCGGAGCCACAGAUCAAGUCACGGUCAGCGCUACGCUUAA